CACCCACCCCACUAUAUCCUUAAAACCCUCCAUUUUCACCAACAAAUAUAAAGCGUGUUAUCAACUACGCCAAACAAAACCCACCUGAAAAGUUUGAAUUUCUCCACCGCUCAUUAAUGUUCCUUGUGACUUUUUUUUGAUUCACGGACAUAAAAUCUUGGCAGCAUUUCUUUACCCAAUAUUCCGGAUAAUACGGCUAAAAGUCUGAAACUUUACCUCCUCCAUGCACGACGGCGGCCACCACCACGAGGAUCGUGAAAUGCUUUCCCUUGACCUGCAGAAUCUGAAGGUAAUAUCGGCUCUCGGCCGUGGAGCGAAAGGCGUGGUUUUCUUGGUACGAACAGAGAAGGGAGAAUUACUUGCUCUUAAAGCAAUACUAAGAUCUUCGGUUGAGAAAAAGAAGGUCACGAGCAAUAUUAAUCCUAAUGAAUACAGAAGAAUUUGUUUCGAAAGAGAAGUAUUGAGCUCUUUACACCAUCCACUUCUACCCAAACUUAAGGGAGUUUUACUCACAGAGAAAAUUGUUGGAUAUGCAAUCGAUUACUGUCCCGGUCGUGAUCUCCAUUCGUUGAGGAAAAAGCAAACUGAAAAGAUGUUCUCCGAUGAUAUUAUAAGAUUUUAUGCUGCAGAAUUGGUGCUGGCAUUGGAAUAUCUUCAUGGAUUGGGAAUUGUUUACAGAGAUUUGAAGCCAGAAAAUGUUAUGAUACAAGAAAAUGGGCAUUUAAUGCUAGUGGAUUUCGAUCUAUCAACUAAACUCUCUGCAAAAUCACCAGAAAUCCGUUCAGAGAGUAAAUUAAAAUCCAGUCCAAAAUCGGAGCCCGGGAAAAAGAAGAAAAAGAUGAUAUCCCACCUCUUAAAGUUUCGCGACUCGGGUAUUUCGCCGGCCGAUUCGGUACAUCAGAAUGAAAGCGGCGGCGAUACAGUAGAUACAGAAUCUGAUUCGGUAGAGAAGUCUAAUUCAUUCGUCGGAACAGAGGAUUACGUGGCGCCGGAGAUCAUAUUAGGUAACGGCCACGAUUUCGCAGUCGACUGGUGGUGCUUAGGUGUCAUGCUGUACGAAAUGCUUUACGGUAAGACGCCGUUUCGGGGGGAAAAUCGGAAAGAGACAUUUUACAGGAUUUUAUCAAAGCCGCCGGAUCUCACCGGAGAAAUAACGCCGUUGAGGGACUUAAUCGGAAAAUUGCUUGAGAAGGACCCACGAAAGAGGAUCUCCGUUAACGAAAUCAAGAACCACGAUUUUCUUAAAGCAGUUGAUUGGGAUUUUAUUUUGGAGAUGCCCCGGCCGCCGUUUAUUCCGUUAUGGCCUGCGAUUGAUGAUAUGGAUGGAAAUGAGGUAAUUGAUGUGGAGUCUUAUGUCCAAGGCGUGUUUGAAGUCGGUGAAGAAGAGAAUAUAGAGAGAAAUAAAAAUUCAGAAAAUAAGAAUAAAGAUGUGUGGGUUGAAGGAAUUAAUCACCCUGCACAAAUUCAAAAUAACGAAUUUUUGAUUUUCUGAUAUGUUAAAAAUUGUAACACUAAUUAUAUUUAUUACUCCGUAUAUAUGAAUGUUGAAAGGAUAGCAUUACUUAUUAAAAUCACAAGAAUAUUAUUUGAUUUA